UGAAGCUGCCCGUGGGUUGGCCCUGGGCCCACAGAUGUCCACAGCAAGCGUUGCUGGUCGCGCAGUGGGGCCUGUCACUUCAGAAGGGUCUUGUCAGAACGGCACCCACAUAAGCCAGCAUCAGUGCGAAGAAGGUGAGUCCACCACAGGCAACUUUGUGGCUGCGAAGAAGCAGAAUUUGAAGCAAACAAACCACGCAUCUGGAGUCUGCUUGAUGGGCUCGAGGUGGAAGUCUUCAUGACACUGCUGAUGAGACGAUGGGUGAAGAGUGUCAUUUGCGCCGCCUCUUCCAAUCGCUUGAGUGUGAAACACUUCCUGGGCAAAGAGGAGCACCAGGUUCCAUUGAAGCGGGACAGCAGCAGACUUUGGCCGGCAGGGGCAGAUGGGGCAGAUGGGGAGGAAGACCGCGAGCACCUUGAGGCAUGGUGCCGCCGAUUUGCAGAGGAGUGUGAAGCGAGUGCCGCUGGAUCUGACCUGGAAGAUUCGGAAGCGUUUCUGCAUCCAACGCACUCAAAUCGGCUGCUUGUGAUUAACUCCGAAGGUGAAGCCAAGAUACUGAGGAGUUGUGCCGACCAGUGGCGAGCAAAGGCAAUUGGAGCUGGAGUCGGCACCAUGACCGUCGUCGUACUGGUUGCCUGGCUUCUCUUGAGAGGCAGCACAGGAGGUUCAGACAUCUUGACCUUCAAUGAGGUGAGCCACGGCAGCCACGAGCAGGAGAUGCAAGGCAGAAUCCAGGCGAGCGAGGCCAUGAAGCAGAGAGAAAGCUGGGAGAGCAUUUACAGGUAUAUGCACCCAACAAGGACGGUGGAUUCCACCAACAAUGCCAGCGACUGGUCGACUCCCCUCACGACCGCAACAACUCCAACGACCACUCCGACCACUCCGACCACCACGCCCACCACUCCCACCACAACCAAAGGACCCACAGCUCGUCCAAGCGUGACUCCGCCUGUCGCGAGCUAUGCCAACAACUAUGUCUCCAACAAUCCACUGAGGAUUCCAGUAUAUCCUCAACGGAGCCAGAACUAUUUCAUCAUCAUUGGCGACUGGGGAAAAGCUGGUGGGCCUGGCACCUGCCAGUUUGCAGUGGCUGGGAAGUUGAAGAGCUUCGUGGAAAACCAGAAGAAGGCAGGCAAGAACCUGCUGUUCAUAGCAUCGGUUGGUGACAACUUCUACUGGACUGGAGUUACGCCAGAGGCAUGGCAUGAAGAUUGGGAAGUGCCAUAUGGGCCAAAUGACCCAAACUCUCCGCUGUUCCAGAUUCCAUGGCUGGCCAUUUAUGGAAACCAUGAUUUUGGAGAACAUGAUCCUUAUGCCUUUUGCCCACAUGUGUUCCCCAACACCUUUGUCGGAAGCCAGGCAUACUCAGGCAGCCAACUGAACAAGGAACGCAAUCCCAAGAGGCCUGACAGUACCAGGUCCUUUUGGAUGCCGGAUUACAACUAUCACUACGAAAUCCCAGAGGCAAAUGUGGAGGUCAUAGCGCUUGACACCAAUGCGAAAAUCGACCCCAACCAAAUCGCUGGCAACGCGAAGGCCCGGGGUCUUGCCGAUGCGUUGUGCGGAGGCCGUGAUGUCUCUCAGAACUUCCUAGAGGCACUGGCCAAGGCCGGCGAGGCCCUUGUGCUCGAGAGGGCCAAGCUUAGCACUGCGACCACCAUCCUGAUGAUACAGCACUAUCCUGGCUGGUGUCCACGUGCAUUGUUUGAGAAUGUGGGUGCCUCAGGACAGCAUUUUUUGGCUUAUGAGGCUGUUACGGCCACAACUGCAGAGAUCGAGGAGCUGAUGCGAGAGGCGGAUGCCAACCGGGACGGUCAGAUCGACUACGAGGAAUUUUGCAACUGGUUGAUGAUCACCAACCGUGGAGUCAUGCACAGGAAGGUCCAAGAGUCGUUAAGUACUUCAGCUGAUGUGGUGAGGGCUUCGUUCCGCGCCUGGGAUGCCAACGGCAACGGCUUGAUCUCUCAGGCCGAAGUUCAGAAAGUCUUGCGGGAGGCCUGCGGCUUGACCCAGAAGGAAUGCGAAAUUCUGGCCAGUGUGAUGGACACCGAUGAUGAUGGUCAAAUAGACUACGAUGAAUUCGUUGCGUUCCUAUACCCGCCUGAACGCUGA